CAGUGGCAUCCGUGCCUUGUCCCUCUCUCCUAUCUUUCCAAGGCACAGGCGCCGGCCCCGUUUCUGCUCGGGCUGUGUAAGCAUAGAAGCUUGCCCAGACGUGUCCGGCGUCUGUCAACAACACGCCUGAUGUCUUUCCUUCCUAUCGCCGCCACGGCCAAUGCCACGACAGCCAGCUGCACUACUGUGCCGCAGCCGUACCUGGCCGGCAGAAAGCACACCUGCCGACCGUGCACGGACCAAGCCCCGGACGCGAAGAAUUUCGCAGCCCCAAGGUACGCGGACACGCUUCUCCGUCCGGCUCGGCGCAGACGCAGCCGGCCGACCCCAUUGGCCCUGCUUCCCCAACCAAACAUUACCAAUUGCCUCGCUGCAAGUGCCACCGCAGCAGCUGCUGCAGCCCCGUCGCCUGUAGCCCGUGCAAACCACUUCAUGUGCACCUUGCACCCUCCCGGGGCCGCAGCCUCCGCAGCCACAUGUUCUCGACAUGGCCGGGAAUGGAGGAACAAUAGCGGGGCCGCGUUCGCUGGUUGUGUUGUCCCUAUUCUGGCUGGCUGCGUUACGGCGUGUUGUCAAAAUUGUUUCUCAAAUGGGGGGAUCGGUCCCUGUGUCCACAGUUCCUUCGCUCGGGAACGGAAACUCGCAGUCCCUGGUGGAAAAACAUCAAUUGUGCAUAUGCAUGCGCAGCACAUCAAGUCACACCCACAGGCACAUGGGCUCGAGGCUGACGUGUGCAAGUGGAAGUGGAUUAUCUGUCCUUUCUGCCUCGGUCUAUGCCCGCAGCUGGGAUAUUUAUAAUCCCAUAGUUUCCUUCAAUUCUCUGACCUGUAAUGUACUCUUUGUCUUUUUACUUUCUCUCUUCUUCCUUUCCUUCUACAAGUGAUUUUUUCAUCUCAAGCAACUAAAACAACUAUUCUAACACACACAAUGGGUUUAUUCGACAAGGCUAAGGACUUAUACGACAACAACCAAGACCAGAUUAACAAGUACGCUAACCAGGCCAAGGACGCAUACAGCAACUACUCCUCCAAGCACGGCAACUCCAACUCUAACUCCAACUCCAACUCCGAUUCUUACGGUGGCAACUCCAACUCUGAUUCUUACGGAGGCAACUCCAACUCUGAUUCUUACGGUGGCAACUCCAACUCAGACUCUUACGGUGGCAACUCCAACUCAGACUCUUACGGUAGCAACUCUAACUCUAACUCCUACGGUAACGACAACUCUAACUCUAACUCCUACGGUAACGACAA